GCCUCCUGCUAUGGAUCUCGGACACCAAUUAUGGCAGUGACAGUGAUGAAAGAUCGGCUUCUCUUUCAGCUUGGCCUCGGGAGAUAGGGGAUCCGAUAUUGGUGGUCGGCUCUCCCGAUGGCAGCCGACCCUAACUGGGGGAGGCUGGUUGUGGUAGUCACAAACAGCCCCAGGCGUGCCACUAGAUAUUGGCGUGCCACUGGUUCACAUGGGUACAUAACUUCGCAUCAGGCACAGUUUGAUGUGUGUACACGACACCUGUACACCAACAAGGACACAGAGACACGAUCAACAUGGCCCCAUCAGCAACCACCAUCCCAGAACCGCCGAGCGACAAGGAGCAAAAUGGCCAGUCGAACCCCUUGCUCCCCAAAUUGCACCCCGACAUGGUAGACAGGCUUGAUGCAGACUUCAUCGCGUACUGGAAAGAAUUCAUUGCAACCAAGCCGGCAACUCAUGGCGUCACUGUCGCGGACGUCCGCGCCAAUCCGGCAAAGUACCAUGCCGUGUGGAACCGGGACUUGAGCGGCGAGGACUUUGUCCGGGACAUCGCGAUCAAGGCGGACGAUGGGCACGAGUUCACCGUGCGUCUGUACACUCCUGAUGCGGAGUCCUCUCCAUACGGCCAUGGGCCAUACCCGAUCUAUAUCAAUUUCCAUGGCGGCGGCUGGGUCUAUGGCGACCUCACAGGCGAUGCUGCGCUGUGCUUGUCAAUUCGAAACAGGCUGGGCAUCAUGGUUGCCGAUGUGGAUUACAGAAUGUCCCCAGAGCAUGCCUUUGGUGAGGGGCAUGACGAUGCGUUCGCAGCUCUUCGAUGGAUUCAUGACCACGGCCCUAGUCUCAAUGUUCGAAGUGACGCAAUCUCCAUAGGUGGCAUAUCUGCUGGUGGCCACAUCUGUGCUGCGCUGCAACAAAUGGCACGCGAUGCUGGUAUCCCACUGAGCCUCGUCCCUGCGACAGUUUGGCACGGCGACUACUUGCAGCCCACCGACUCACCCUUCCCUUCCAUGACCACGAACCAGCACGCGCCCUGCCUCGACUGGGCGCGCCUGUUCUUCUUCCGGAACCACUACGUGCCAAAAACCGCUCAGGAGCGCGACGUCCUCUUCUCUAAACAACCGGCCAUCGCAAGCCCCUUGUUCGGAAGAGGCGGUGGGCGUGCACCGAACAAGAGCCAGGACAAGGAGGAUAUCAGGCACAGCAUCAGCCUAGCGAAUUUGUGCGACACGUUUGUCGCCACGGCCGAACUGGAUCCGCUGUGCGACGAGGGCGAGGAGUACGCCCGGCGGCUGGCUGGGAACGGCGUCCGCGUUUCCAUGCGUAGGUACACCGGCGUACCACACCCGUUUAUGCACAUGGUCGGUGUCGCCAAGGCACAACUCUACAUGGACGACGUUUGUGGGGAACUGGCCAGAGCCUGCGCACGGGUUUGAUAUCAUCGAGUGCUAUUGUGCGGCUUGUUUGUGUAGCUGGCGGCAUUCAGGGGUCGGGGUCAGGGGCCUCUCCUUAUUCGGUGCUCUUUAGGGGGGAAAUCGAGG